AUGUCUUCUGAUUUGGAAAAAACCCAGACUCAUCAAUCUCCUUCCAUUAUUAACGUUGAUCCCGGGGAGGAGAAAAUUAUCCCAGACGUUGCCGAAUCAUUUGUAUCAUCAACCUUAGCAAGCAACGACGCAUUGUACAACCUUCAAGAUGACGUACUCACAAAAAAGAUGAAACUUAUCAAUGAUGCUAUCGACGAGAUUGGGUUCACCCCAUACCACUUGAAAUUGUUUUUCCUCAACGGAAUGGGGUACUGGACAGACACACAGUUGACAUAUUUAGAAAGUUCUGUGCGUACAUUCAUCAACUACCAAUUUGGAUACAAGUUCCCCGUUUCUAACGAAUUGCUCGCUGUUGGAUUAUUAGUUGGGGCCGUAUUUUGGGGGUUUUCCGCAGAUCUUAUCGGGAGAAAAGUGGCAUUCAACUUGUCAUUGAUCUUGAGUGGACUAUUCACUAUAUUAACCGGAGCAAUGAACUCAAUGGCUUCCUAUUGUAUAUUUGUGUUUCUCUCAUGCUUUGCCGCUGGUGGCAACUUGGUUCUUGAUACAUGUAUCUUUUUGGAAUACUUGCCCCAUAAAAACCAAUGGCUCUUGACAUUUUUUGCAUUCUUUUGGGGAAUAGGUCAAGUCAUUGCCGUUGGCAUCUCAUUUGGAUUCUUGCCUGGAAAUUCUUGCGAAGGGCCAGAUAACUGUCCAUCGCAUGAGAAUAGAGGGUGGAGGUAUGUUUAUUAUACCAAUGGUGCAAUGGUGUUGUUUAUGAGCUUCUUGAGAUUAACCGUGGUAAACUUAAAAGAAACUCCAAAAUUCCUCGUCUCCAACAAUAGAGACAAAGAAGCCAUUGCCUCUUUACACCAUAUUGCGGAAAAAUACAAGCGACCUUGCUCAUUGACGCUUGAAGAUCUUGAGCAAUUGGGACCGAUUCAAAUCAAUGAUGACUAUAGAAAACAAAGCUACAAGGGUUUAUUCACACUCGUUAAGCAUCACAUUACUAUCCUUUUUGCCACACCAAAACUUGCUCGUUCUACAUCACUAGUGUUUAUCUCGUGGCUCUUGCUAGGUAUAUCAUACCCACUUUACUCCUCAUUUUUGCCACAAUACUUGGCUUCGCGUGGUGCUAAUAUCUCCGCGCCAGACGUCCAUGGAGUUUAUCGAGACGCAUUGAUCUCCAAUACAGUGUCAAUGGGUGGUCCCAUAAUCGCUGGUGCACUCUUGUAUUUCUUCCCCAUCUUGGGCCGUCGUGGUGUCUUGUGCAUAGGCGGAAUAAGCUCAAUGGCAUUUUUGUUUGGGUACACGCAAGUCAAGACCCGUCAACAAAACGUCGCCUUGUCUUCGAUAAGUUUUGCAACAAUGUAUAUCUAUUACGCGGCGUUAUAUGCCUACACACCAGAGGUGAUGCCAUCUGCAGCAAGAGCCACGGGUAACGCAUUGGCAAUAGCAUGCACCAGAGUCGCAACAAUUGUCGUUCCCUUGAUAGCAUACUAUUCAAACACAGCAAGCUCGGUGCCAAUUUGGAUAUGCGGUGCUUUUGUAGGAGUGAUUGGGUUCUUAGCCCUCUUGUUCCCCUUUGAGCCGAGCAAGCACAGAGUUGUGUAA